AUGGCAAAGCGGAUCGCGGACAAAGAGCUGACGGACCGGAACUGGGACCAGGAGGAGGACGGCGAGGAGGCCGGAACCUUCUCCGUGGCCACGGAAGACGUGAUGAGGAACCGCGCCAUCAAGAAAGCCAAGCGGCGUAAUGUCGGCACGGAGGGCGAAGCCGGCGGCGCUUUCAAAGGUUUCAAAGGUUUCUCCGUGGGCCCGUCUUCCGCGCCGCCGCCCUUCGGCGCCGCCUUCAAAAGCUCGGGCCCCUUGACCAACGGGAGCGGCGUCCCGGCGCCGUCCUUCGCCGCGGCGUCAUCUUCGUCGGCUACCGGUGAGUCGCCAGCGACGAGCUGGGCCCGCGUCACGGAAACCCGUCCGCGUUUCCCUAUAGGCGCGGCCUUCGACGCUUCGCCGGGCAACGGCCGUAAAGAGUACGGCCGCCAGUUGACGGCGCUCAACUGUUCGGUGCGCGACUGGAUCAGCAAACACGUGGACGACAACCCGCUGUGCGACCUCCAGCCCAUCUUCCGCGACUACGAGCGCCACCUGGCCGGCAUCGAGCGACGCUUCGCCGCCGAGGACCGGACGGCCCCUUCCUUUCCCGCGUUUCCCUCCGAGGACGACCCGCCCGCCGUCGCGUUCGACUUCGGUCGGAAGGCGGAAGGCUCGGCGCAAAAGGGCGCCGAGCCGUCCGCUUUUUCCUCCUUCGGGGGAGCGUCGCGAUCCUUCGGCGAGACGGACCGCGCCGCGCCUUCAGAGGAGAAGGGGGACGCGUACGAGCCGCCCAAACCUGAGGUCAAAGAGGUCAAAGAGGAGGACGCCUUCUACUCCAAAAGGUGUAAACUCUUCUACAAGAAGGGCCACGAAUUCAAGGAGAAAGGCGUGGGAACGCUGCACCUCAAAGAGACGGCCCAGGGGAAAACGCAAAUGAUCGUCAGGGCCGACACCAACCUGGGAAACAUCCUCCUCAACAUCUUGCUGGCGAGCGGCAUGCCGUGCUCGCGUCUGGGCAAGAGCGACGUGAUGGUGGUGUGCGUGCCCAACCCGCCCGUGGACGACAAGAACCCCGGCGACCCCGUGCCGCUCCUCAUCCGUGUCAAGUCUGCCGAAGACGCCGACCACCUGCACAAAACUCUGGAGGAGAAGAGAGGCUGA